UCAUCGUUCCUGAAAGCUCCAGUGUACCUGAAUAGCUAUGUGUCCAUCGCUCCGCUGCCCCGCCAGAGUGCCUCCGUGGCAGAGGGGCGGUUGUGCAGGGUGUCAGGCUGGGGGUUCACCAGCUCUAGUGGGGGACAGAUACCCUCCUCCCUGCGCAUGGUCAAACUUCCCAUCGUCUCCACAGCCAAAUGCAACAGCAGUGAGUCUUUCAAUGGGAACAUCACAUCCAACAUGAUCUGUGCAGGCUACAGCGCUGGCAGACAGGACCCGUGUAAGGGAGAUUCUGGGGGCCCACUGGUGUGUGAAGGUCGGAUCUAUGGUGUGGUUUCCUGGGGGAUGGGCUGUGCCGAUGCCAAGUACCCAGGAGUCUACACUGCUGUGUCAAAGUAUCGCAGGUGGAUAGACCGGAUCAUGUUCAGCUACUACGGACGCUGCAGCAAGUAUUAG